AUGGCGGGUGAAAAGGCAGACCCCAAGGAGAAGAAGCCUGCGGCCAAGCCUGAAGCCAAGAAGGCAGAUACGAGUGGCAAAGCUAAGAAAGCCAAGCCGAAGGGCACGGGCAAAACCCCCAAGAAGGGGAAAGCUCACUGCAGCCGCAAUCCUGUCCUAGUCCGGGGAAUCGGCAGGUAUUCCCGAUGGGCCAUGUACUCCAGGAAGGCCAUGUACAAGAGGAAGUACUCGGCCACCAAGUCCAGGGUUGAGAAGAAGAAGGAGAAGGUUCUUGCCACUGUCACAAAACCAGUAGGUGGUGACAAGAAUGGGGGGACUACAAUGCAAUUUCAAGCUUAA